AUGGUCAAGGUCUGCGUCGCCGGAGGUACGUUUUUCGUCGUGCAGGUUGUCGGAGCGGGCAAGGUCUGCGUCGCCGCCGCCGAGGGAGAAGGUCAAGAGGUCCGUGAUGAGGGCGGCGUCCUCGUCGCCGGUAGGCCUACGGCUUUCCCGGAUGCCGCGGAUGAAGCCCCCGGAGAGGUCCGCUUCCGCGUCGUCGAGUCACGCCGGCGCUCGUCUUUGGGGACUUCCUCGGCUGCGGCCACGGCACGUCGGCCGGCAGCGAUCGCGCCGGUGGAUCCUUCGUUGGGGUCUGCUACCUCCGUGGUGCUUGGGGCGUCUCCGACGCUGAGUCGCGUGGUGGUGGAGGCGACGCCGGCAGCUUCGCCUUCGGUGACGGCCGAGGAGCCGGCGGUGCGGCCGUUGAUCGCGGCGGGUCUCGAGCCGCGAUUCAAACCGGCGGAUGCGGCACUGGAGGCCUCCUCUAGUGGGCCGCAAAGUCGCUGGGCCUGGUUCGGUCGGGCCGUGAUGGCUGUGCAGAAGGCGCCUCGCUGCGUCCCUAUCGACAACAGCAUUCGAUCACGGGAGAUCGACCAGGUCCCGUAUCGUUCCAGAGUCAUCUUCACCGCCGCCGCUCGCCCUUGCGUGGUGGUGGAGGCGACGUCGGCAGCUUCGCCUUCGGUGGCGGCCGAGGAGCCGGCGGUGCGGCCGUUGAUCGCGGCGGGUCUCGAGCCGCGAUUCAAACCGGCGGAUGCGGCACUGGAGGUCUCCUCUAGUGGGCCGCAAAGUCGAUGGGUCUGGUUCGGUCGGGCCGUGAUGGCUGUGCAGAAGGCGCCUCGCUGCGUCCCUAUCGUCAACAUGCAGCAGUCGGCCGCGGUGACCCCAGCGUCGCUGCAGCUGACCACGGGCCUGCUGGCAUUGGGGCCGAUGCACCGGCCGGCUGAGGGGCAGGCUGAUGGGACGAAGGGCGCUUCUUCUUCGACACCCUCUUCCCCCGCGAAGGGGGACUCGCCUGGGGCUGCUGUGAUACAGGGGGCUACAUCACCUUCUACCCCUGUAUUGACGACCUCUUCUCCCUCACCGGCUUGGUCUCCACCGCCCUCGACAAAAGACAAGUCUUUUUCUUAA